AGUUUUAUUUUCAUUCCUCUCUGGAUUUGAUUUAAAAACUUUCCCUCUUAAAUGAAGCAUUCUGGUUAAGUCUGCUUUGAGGCUUUAGUUGAAUGCCGGUAGCUUCUUGAGGUUGUAGAGAGCAAAGAGCUUAUGACAACCUGCCUGUGAUAGUACCUAGCCCUGACCCUAGACCCAAGAGGACAGUCCUGGGUAGAAGGAAAACAUCGCCACUCACCCACCCCUUGAACAUUGCAGAUUAGAAUCCCGACGAGACUGCAACAACCCCCAAGACUCAGACACGAUGCUGGGGCUCAUCUCCUCCGAGUACAACAAGUGGAAAGACAAGUUCACGUCCCAGGUGUCCAUGCUGAGCCACUACGCUUCCAUACACAACACCAACUGCUGCACAUGCCUCGGCAUCAAGGAAAAGAAUAAAAGCAUUAACCACAGCGCUCUGGAAGUCCAAGAAGUUAAUCCUCGUUCGCUGUUGUUUUGCAGGAAAAAGAAAUACAUCCCAGCAGGUACAGGGAAGAGGGGACGCCCUCGGAAGUAUCCUCCCCCUGUAGGCUGUGAGUACCGGAAUUCUGAUGGCCCUGGGAUGCAGAGACCCGACACCAUCGAUGAGGACGGCAACAUCUUCGAGCCCCAGAUCAUCCUCAAAGACGGCAUGGUGGUGAAAAAUGAGCCCUCGGAGGAGAACAAGGGCCACCACCCGGGGGCCAAUGGGCCUCACGACCUGGCCAACACCUCCAACGGCAACUCCCAGAUGCAGAUGCUGCCUCGGCCUAUCUUGACCAAGGAGGAAAUCGAGAAGAGGAGAGAGUACUACAACAACCACAAGAACAAAGUCAAAUACGUGUGCCACUACUGCCAGGUCCACUUCUACCACAAGCCCAACUUCGACUUCCACAUCACCAAGUUGGAGACCUCUGGCAAGUGCAAAAUCUACGAGAAGGUGAACAACCUGUACCUGUGUGAGUCAUGCGGAGAGGGCUUCUCGUGGAGGGAGAAGCUGGAGAAGCACCUGCGGCUGGCCGAGCAGCACGGCACGCACAACCAGAAGGAGCUCCUUAUGUAUGGGGACUUCCAGUGCAACAUGUGUGGUAAGACUUUCAACAAGCGCACAACGUACCUCCAGCACGUCAAAUGGCAUGAGGACCGCGAGGACAUUCCCUGUGUCAUCUGCGGCACCAUGUUCAAGCAGACAGAUCUCAGACGCCAUCUUAUGGAGGUGCACAGCAAUGACAGUCUCCCUUGCUGCUAUUGUGGGAAGCUCUUCACCAGCAGGAAGUACCUGGAGAAGCACGAACUGGUCCACCAGGGAGGGAACUUCCCCUGUCCCGAGUGCGGCAAAACCUUCAGCCAGAAGAGCAACAUGCAGCAGCACCUCAAGACGCAUUCACUGGACAAAGAGUAUUCGUGUGAGCACUGUGGGCAGACUUUCAAUCAGAGGGCAGGGCUCUGCCAGCACCUUAAGAAGCACUUUGGCCCAACAGAAUUCAACCAUGAAUGUGAGGUGUGUGGUCAGUACUUUGCCAAUGAUUACAACCUCAAAGUGCACAAGAAAAAGAUACACAACAUGCACGUUGAAGGUUUACCAGAUGAGAUACCAGAUCAUCCAGAGUACCUUUCUUCUCCUUUGUCUCACCACUUAGCACCAGAAGACAUACGUGAAAAAGCCUACGGUGCUGCUAAUUCUGCUGUGAAAAAUAUGUUGGGAGUGUCCUUGGGCUCAACAGUUAGUUUAUCUAUGAAGCAAGAGGGCUCUGAGCCAAUGGAUGAGAGCCAGUUGCACAUGAGAGACACAGCCAGCCACAUGGACAUGAGACAUAUGACAGACCGUCGGGACACCCCAGGGCUGAUGAAGGAGCAGCUUGAGGCAGAAGAGCAGAUGAGAAUGAGUCAGCACCACUCCAUGGCUGUGACUGAGGAUCCCCUGCACAUGCCACAAGAUCUCACACGAAUGACUGCCAGCCAAGGCCACAUGAGUGAUGACUCAGGGCGCAUAUCUGCUGCUCCACAGUCCCACAUGAGUGACAUGAGAAGCUCUGCCACAGACAGCCCAGGCCGCAUUACAGACACUCCACACAUGACGGACAACUUAGGCCGGAUGGCUGCAGAGAACUUUGGUAGAAUGAGCAGCACCCCGGGCGGUUACCUGGCAGAGCACCUGAGGCGCAUGGCAGAGAAUCAGAGCCGCAUGUCUGACACCAUGUCUCAUUAUGACGAGCGUGAUAACUACAGUCGUCUGGGAGACAACCUGCGCAGUAUGAGUCGUGGUAGUGCCACGGACCCCAUGGGCCGACUAGGAGACAACCUGGGUCGAAUGACGGCAGACAACUUGAGUCAUAUGGGAGUGAUCCGACCGACCCAGACCCCAUCCAGCACCCCCCAGUGGCCGCCACACAUGCAGAACCAUGCUGCGCUGGAUGGCAUGAACCAAUCCCCCCAAGCCAGCCAACAUACCCUAUACCCACUGCCAUUUUGGCCCUAUGAUCCCUCCCUGCGACAGUAUCACCACUGAGCAAGCGGGGGAGCUGUGGCCAGAGUACCUACACAGUCAAGCUAACAGAUAUUGACACAUGAGGUCCAGAUAUUAUUAUUAUUACAUACAUCUCACUUUAAGCACGAAAUAAGAAGCUCCAUCACACUUCUAAAAGUUAGGAGAAACUAUUUUUAUCAUUUUUAAUUAGUCAAGUCUGUUGGCUUAUUUUAUCUUCAUCUAGAAGAUGUGAUUUUAUGAUUGAAGGUUCCUACGAUGCUAGACAUUAAAAUUUGUGUAGUACAAUUAUGGAUCAUAUGUGGUAGCUGUAGUCUAUAGUAGCUGUCCAGAUUUCUGAACAUUAUUGCUUAUUAGUGUUUCCAUAUUACAAGUAUGGAGAGUUGAAAGCUGUAGUCAACUUAUUUUAGAAUACCAAACAGUGCGUAUACUGGCCACGUGUAGCGCUUAAUGCAUGCUGUAAAGUCCUUUAGCUUCCAGUCGUUAGAUAUGCCUUUUUUCAGAUUCAUUGGAAGGUGAUCCAUUUUAUUUCUGAUGUUAUGCAAAUAUUUUAGAAAGUGACAGCUAUAUCUUUCUUUGUGAUACAAAAUAUUGUGCUCUCUAGUUUCUUAAUUCUGGAUAGAAGCUCGUGAAAACAGAUGUGAUCUUUCCCAACUGCUGGCCACUGGUUAGGAAGAAAAAGUUUGUAGCCAUUGCUUUUUAUACUACAUAAUAUAUAAUUUGGUCAGUUUUUCUUCCAGUCAAGUUGUACGAUCUUAGUGUUCAAAGACAAGCUUUUCAACUAAUUUGAACCCUGGGCACGUCAACUCUCGCAAUGGUCCAAGCUAUACAGGGUAAAAUUUAUUUGAAGUGAACUAAAGUAUUAUAUACACACACUUGCUUUCCACGGUUGCGAGGUUGUAUGUGAUUGUGAAUAAUUGACACAAAAUCCCAUUUAUCUUAGGUGGUAGUUAGUGUAAGGGAUUGAACCAGCCAAGGCCAGUCAGUUUAAAGACCGCAUCUGCAGUCAUGAAACGUUAGAUUUUUAUAUGGCUUCGGAUGUGAUGUGUCUUUAAAUGCCAUUGCCACCAUUCAAGACCCAGGAUUUUUUUCCUUACUUUAUUUUCACCCUCUUCCUAUUAUUUUUUCCUUUUUCAUACCUCCCAAGCACUUAAACUUUGCCAUAUAAUAUGUAUAGUAUUAUAUGUAAAUGUAUUUGAAUGCUACCAUUGAGAAACUGUUCUUAGUGUGAUGAGCAUUGUGAAAAGGCUGCCAGUGAUUGGUGCAAAGAAACACACUUGUAAAGGCUAAGAAUUAUGGAACAUAAAAAAAAAGAAAAAAAAAAAAAAAAAAAAAAAAAAAAGAGAGUGUAUUAUGGAUUUUUUUUUUUCUCUCUUUUUUUUCGGAAGUGAAAGGUACGCUUAAAUGGUAACUAACGUGGUCUCGUUCCCCCCCACACGUGUGGGAAGUUCUUGUGAUUUGCAUUUGGGAGCGGAGAAGUGUUCCCGCCCGCAGCAGGCUUGUGUGGUGUGAAAGUGUCCCAGAGAGCCUGCCAAAAACAUGUACUUACUGAGAUGUUCUCGCAGUGCUUUUAUAGACGAAUACGUAGUUGGAGUCUGUCUGAACCGAACUAGAUUAGAGUCUCCAAGUUUACAGUCUUUCUAAGAGGAGAUUUGAAAGUAGUAGGGCCAACACAACUUAAGGAUAUCAUUAUUUUGUCUAGGCAUGAUAAGAGAAGGUGGUAGUGUUCACUGAGUAUCAUUGUAAGAUGAAAUGAUUCAACUCCUUUGAUGAUUAUAUCAUAUUUGCAAAUAGCAUAUCAUAUUGAGCUGUAAUUCAGCAGUUUUAAGAGCUUUGAAUUGUCCAAGAAAGAAUAAGUUGGCACUGAAUUUCCAUAUGGUCACUCAUUUUAAGUAAAAAAGAUAUUCCUUUUAUUUAUUUACUGUUAUUAUCAUUUGUUUUUAGUUUUUGUUUUUGUAUCAUUUUACAUUUACCUUUGUUUUGUCUUUACUAACCUGAAGAAUAACUUUAAGCUAGUGCAGGGCAUUUGUCAACAUUAACUCAAGCUGUGUCUAUACUGUAUACCACUUGUAGGUAUUAAAUGGAGUAUACUUAUUGUUAUUGAGAAUACUGACCAUCAGGAGCUCUUUCACAUAGCUGCAUAUAGGAGCAUAGUCAAGUUUAGAUGCCAGUAAUUCUUGACACUGCUGUUCUAAAGGUAGUUGUUUUGACUUCAGGUUUUUCAGAUAGAUUUGUAUAAAGAUGAAGAGCCUGUGCAUACAAGCAGGAACGAAGGAGUCCAUUGAUCGUUAUUAUUACCUUGUGUUAACAGGGCUUGGAUGUAGUAGGUUCUGAGUUUUUGUCCAAAAUGACAUUGUGUUCACUUGGUUUUCUGCACAGCCAUGGUUUUAAGUUUCCGUUAAAGAUGAAACUGGCGUGUGGUUUUGCAGGCAGUGAAAACACAUGCUACUGUUGUGGGGAAAAGUAUUAUUGUUUUACUUUAUCUGAAGAUUUAUAGUGGAUAUACUUUUUUGAGACUUAAAUCAGAUAAUGAAAAAAGUAGCCGUUAUUUGUUUCUACAAUUCUAGGAAUAGAUAUUUUUACCUUUCAAGUUUGUUGUUGAAGUAAGAAUUACUACAAGUCAUUCAUUGUUCAGUGGUUUUAGCCAGUUGCUCUGUCAGGAACACGGAAUCUGACAAUUCUUUUUUUUUUUUAUUGUACUUAAGCCCAGUUCAGGAGAGUUAUCCUUUAUAUGAUGAUUUGUUACAAGUACCACUUUAGAUCUGUUUAAAUAUCUUUACCAAUUUUAUGUUUGUUAAAGCAGAUAUUUUAAGCAUAUUUAAGUGAAUGAUAAUAAUAAUAAAAAAAAAAGAAGUUCCCCCCCCUCUCCCAUCAUAUGUUAUAUAUAGUGUAAGAUUUAUGCAUUUCCCACGCGGAAAGAACGGCAACGCGAUCAGCUCGAAUCUUUGCAGCAUAUUUCCCUGGAUAUUCUUUAGAGUUGCCGUUUGUUGUCCCGAAUGUUACUCGAGAUGGAUAUAUAGGACCAAAGGUUCUCUAGGCGUUGAAUCUCAUACCCAGUGAGCGACUCUUCUGGUGGCUGUUAAGAAAAAAAAAAAAAAAAGAGAUAUACUUUACUAAUUUAAGGUCUUCUAAUCAAGUGAUUUUUUACAUUGAUUAUAAAUUAGUGUGUUGAGAGUACAAUGAAGAAUAUUGGUAGGGAUAUAUUUAAUGUAUAUGAUAUUAGGAUGAAAUGGGCAUACUGAAGAUUUUUUUUUUUCUUUUUUUAUCAUUAUUAUUAUUACUAUCAUUAUUAUUAUUAUUAUUAUUAUUAUUUAUUUUUUUCUUUUUUUUUUUUUUAGAUUGCAUUCUAUUCCAAUUACCCUGUAGACUUUAGUAUUUGUUGGCCUCCUUUAUUUCCACUUUCUUUUCUUGUUAAGAAGAUAGUGAUGUCUAUGAUUUUCUUCCUUAUAAAAGAAAGUUAUUAAAAAAAAAAAAAAAAUAUUAGGAUGACAUGAUCUAAAUGCAAUUGUGUGAAAAAAAAGUCAUUGAAAAGAAAAAAAAAUAGAUUACAUAAAAAAAUUUAAAAAUAAAACAAGACUGCAUCAUGAUCUUAAUAAAUAAUAAAAAAAAGGUAAUAUUGUCCCAAGAAACAGGUAGGUAAUGUUGACGGAUCAUUUCAUGCUAGUGUACAGUGUAUUCUUCAUGAAAUGUGGUCGCUGGGGUGAUCUGGAGUCCCCCCAACUUUGUAUUUAUAGGAUGUGAAAAGAUUUGAUAACGUGGUGUUUUAAAUAUGUAUGUAUAAUUGUUCAACACUUAUUUUUUGUAAUUUUUUGGUAGGAUGGAUGGGUAAAAAUGCUUCCCAUUGGAAUAUGGCCUUAGCUGUUACAAGUACGUGUGUUGUGAAGCAAGCUGCACAGAAACUUUUAUAAUCGCAACUGAAAGGGCUUGAAUGAGAGGCGAGUUCUGUAUUUGCAUGCGAAGGUUGUGUGAUAUAGUGUUACGAUAUAUGUCUGUGGGUAUGGUUAGUACAUCUCCAGAGGGUGCGAUAAUAGGUUAGUGCAAUAUUCUCUAGAUAAUUAACAAAUAUUUCUUUUCCUGUUUUGAUUAUGAUUAUUAUUACAUUUUUUUUUUUUUUUUUCUUUU